AUGCGCCCUCUCGCCCCCAGCCUGUCUUUUCUCCCCACGCUCCUUACUUUGUCUCUUCUUGGGCUCGUUUUCGCCGACUCAGGCUCGAAUGUGCAUCGUCCUCAAAGGACGGCUCAUGGGCUCUCGAGGCGACAUAAUCACAUCCCGAAACAUUUGGAGAAGCGAGCUCCAUACAAGCGCUUCAGUGAUGCUAGGUUCACAUUUUUCGAUGCUGGCCAAAAUGCGUGCGGCUCCAAGGACUCAAAUAGCGAUUAUAUCGUUGCUCUUAAUUCUGCCCAAUUUAAUGGCGGCGAGUAUUGCUAUCAAAAGGUCACCAUCUCGUACGGUGGAAAGAGUACUCAAGCUACAGUUACCGACGAGUGUCCAGGAUGUCCAUACGGUGGCCUUGAUUUUUCAAGAGGUCUUUUCGACUACUUUGCUGCUGAAUCCAUCGGCGUCUUGUACGGCACAUGGACAUUCGACGACGGUGAAGGGUCUUCCAGCAGUUCAAGUCCCUCUGCGGCGUCAACGCCGACUCCGUUUACCACGUAUAGCUCAAUCCAGCCAACUACCUCAUGGAGUAUCUCAUCCUCUUAUGACACGCCCAGUCCAACGAUUUUCUCAUUAUUAGCUCCGUCGAACUACAGUUCCUCCACACUCACUUUUGCUCUGCCUACGCGCCCGCUCAUCCCUUUUCUCACUAGUGAGGCUACGGCGACUCUCGCCACUGCCCUGGCAACUCCGACUCCCCCGGCUCCGGCGCCCGCUCUGUCUCUUGACCAAGGGAGUUUGAACCAAUUCAACGUGGCUAUUGUCUCUCUCAGUGGUCUUAUAGAGGCAGCCAACUGGGCGUGA